AAUUUGGAUCUUCAUCAAAACAAGCAUCAAAGACUAGAGAAAAUGGGGAGCAGUGGGGAGGGGAACAUACUGCAGCGGAAACUAUCCCGUCUGGGGAGCAGGAAGUCACAGAAGGAACCUUCAAAAGCUAGAGUACCGAGCCCAAAACCUCCUGAACUCAGCAAUAAGCCUUCCAAAUUGCCCCCUAAACCCCCAGAGCUCCCUCCUAAACCCCCCAAAUUACCUCCCAAACCCCCACAAUUGCCUCCCAAACCAUCAAAAUUUGAGUCAAAAGCCGCAGAAUUUCCUCAACACCAAAAUAACCUCAAGACUAUCCCUCCUGACCUUGCCCUCAACCCCCCUGACCUCACAAAUGAUUCCCUUGAAAUCACCCCCGUCCCCUCCGAACCUACCCCCGACCCCCCGGAACCUAUUCCUGUCCCCCCUGAACUCACUCCAGAUUCCCCUGAACUUGUGUCUAAGCCCAGCUCCAGGGUGUUCAACUGCAGUGAGCAUGGAGCCGCCAUCCUGCAGGGCUUUGAACACUUCCGUUCUGACAAGGCUCUGUGUGAUGUCACUCUGGUGUCGGGUGACAGCGGCGAGACUUUCCCAGUACACAGAGUUAUCAUGGCUUCAGCCAGCGACUACUUCAGAGACAUGUUCACAGGUGGCAUGAACGAUCAGGGGGUGAUUAAGCUGGAGGGGGUGAGUGGGCGUGGCCUGAGGAGGGUCAUCGAGUUCAUUUACACGGGCGGAGUCACCCUGGCCGUGGACUGCCUGCAGGAGACUCUGGAGGCGGCAACGUUCCUGAAGGUGUCACCCAUCCUGCGCUUCUGCAAUGACCUGCUGAGCAGCGAGAUCACCAUAGACAACUGCGUGGAGGUGGAACUCGUUGCCAUUGACCUUGGUCUGGAGGAGGUGCUGGUGCAGGUCGGAGAGUUCGUCCAGCGGAACUUCUCGGCGCUGAUGCGGAGCGGGAGGUACCUGCAGCUGUCGGAGUCGUGCGUGUGCCGCGCCCUGGCCAGCGACGGCCUGCGCGGGCUCACGGAGGCGGAGCUGUACCGGGCGGCGCGGGGCUGGCUGGAGCACGACCCCGCCUCCCGCCGCGGGAGCAGCCACGCCCUCAUGAGCUGCGUCCGCUUCCCGCUCAUGAGCCCCACCGAGCUGCUGCGCAUCUCCCAGGGCGGCGGCGACGACGGCGGCGGCGCGCUCCGGGAUGACCCCGCCUGCGUCCACCUCCUGCUGGAGGCCAGCACCUACCAGAUGCUGCCCUUCCUGCAGCCGGCCCUGCAGAGCCCUCGCACCCGCAUCCGCUCCGACUCCGCCCACCUGCUGGCGCUGGGCGGGGUCGUGCGGCAGCAGCUGCUGGUCAGCCGGGAGCUGCGUCUCUACGACGACGGCAGCGGCGGGGGGGCGGCGGCCGCCUGGAGGCCGCUGCAGCCCAUGGAGGCGCCGCGGUACCAGCACGGCGCCGCCCUCAUCGGGGGCUUCCUCUACGUGGUGGGCGGGCAGAGCGAGUAUGACACCAAGGGCAAGACGGCAGUGGACAGCGUGCACCGCUACGACCCACGCUUCGACCGCUGGCUGCAGGUGGCCUCGCUCAACGAGAAGCGUACCUUCUUCCACCUCAGCGCCCUGCGGGGCCGUCUGUACGCCGCCGGGGGCAGGAACUCCAGCGGGGAGAUCGACUCAGUGGAGUGCUAUGACCUCAGUAAGAAUGAGUGGACAUUCGUGUCUCCGAUGGCCGAGCCACGCUACGGUCACGCCGGAACGGCUCACGGGGAACUCAUGUAUAUCUCUGGCGGCAUCACGCGGGACGUCUUCCAGAAGGAGCUCCUAGUCUACGACCCCGAGACAGACGGGUGGAGCCGCCUGCCGGACAUGGCCACGCCCCGCGGUCUGCACUGCAUGUGCACCGUCGGGGACCGCCUCUAUGUCAUGGGCGGGAACCACUUUUGCGGCGCCAACGAGUACGACGACGUGCUGAGCUGCGAGUUCUACAGCCCCGCCACGGAGCAGUGGACCGCCGUGGCCCCCAUGGGGCGGGGCCAGAGCGACGUGGGCGUGGCCGUGUUCCGGGGACAGGUGUACGUGGUGGGGGGUUACUCCUGGAGCAGCCGCUGCAUGCUGGACCUGGUGCAGCGCUACGACCCCGAGCUCGACCGGUGGGAGGAGGUGUUUAAGCUUCUGGAACCAACGGGGGGAAUCCGGGCCUGCGCCAUGACCGUCCAUCUUCCAGAGGAGUCUGUGGAGGGCCACACCCAGGAGUUCCCACUUUCCACCCCCUGAGGAGAGCACACACCUUACACCGCCUUCCCACUGCACAUCUUGAACCAGGCUGGUUCACUGUACCCCUUUCCCACUGUACACCUGGGCCCAGAAUGGCUCAGUAUACCCCUUUUCCACUGUAAAUCUGGAACCAGACUGGCUCACUAUACUCCUUUCCCACUGUACAGCUGGAACUAUGCUGGCUCAUUAUACCC